CCCCUUGUACUAAUCCAAAGCCAAUCUGUAAUUCAGCGACAAGCUCAGAAGAUGGCCAGAUGAUGAGGUACAUAAGAGAAGAUUUAUGAGAAAGAGAGAGCGAUAAUAAGAGCCAAGCUAAGAGGCUCGCUUUUAUUAAAAUUCUGAGCGACGCGCCGACAAACGAUUACAUGACGCGUGUGCCCUCGUCGAACGAUCGCCAAACCUGUUGCAUGCUCGGUCGGAAUUUACUUUCGUUCUUCUUUUUGCUGCACGCUUUACUUUCAAAACCAGUAUCACUAGCAAUAACUUACUCCUCCAAGUUAAAAAGAAAUCUCCGGAAACUCUUUACAGAAAUAAGAAAUUAUAACUCUUUCCGUUUAUCGGAUAUCUCGUUUUAACAUUGAAAUACGCAUUUUAUUCGAUGCCAUAAUUUAACCUUAUUAAACGAUUCUCAUUGAACAGACAAGGCAUAUGAAUUGCCUGUGACAGAAAAGGCAAAUUAUCAAUCAACAUUUCCAAGAUCUUCCAAUAAGUAUCAACUGCACCGUUCACAUUUUGAUCAUCGUCCAUUUCAUAAGUUUUAAAGUGAGAUAAGGCCUACAUCUGUGUGGAUUCCAAAGUAUCGUACUUCGACGAAACUGAAAGAACCGGACGAAGUUGCAGACAUUCACAUCGGGGACCAUUUACACCAUUUCAUCGAGUGUACAGGUUAUAUUUUAAACUGAAGAUGUCACUUGUGGAAGAGAACGCGAAAAGCAGCGCCAAAAAUGGUGAUUUUCCUGGGAUUAGCGCGGUGAAGCCCCAGACCCGGUUUACGGCGGGAAAACCCAAGCGCACUCCUUUUGAGAAACUCUCCAAGUCUUUCGAUGAAGUGAACUUUGUCUACCCUACCCGUAAGAAGAGCUUGAUCGAGGAUGCGAGGCGGGAAUCGACCCGCUCGUCGCUCGACAUCACCUCGAUGUCGUUGGCCCUCUCGAGUCCCGAGGAAAAGGACGACGUGUUUGACGACGCCUUCGAACCUCUCCAGGAGAACGCCAUUCGUCGCUUCACUGUGACGUUCGCCAGCAAGGAAGACAUGGGCUUCGGGUCCCUCUCGGAGGCGUUACGUGUAUUCCAGAAAAGAAAGGUUACCUUGACUCACGUGGAAUCUCGUCCGUCCAACAAAGUUGAAGGCCAGGUUGAAUUUCUCGUGCAGUGCGAGACGAAAGGGAGCUCUUCCAAGAAUGUGCUUACCGCCCUCCAGAAAGUCGCUGAGAAUGUUCGGCUCGAGAAAGAAGAAGUCACAAAGAGAGGUCCAUGGUUCCCGACAAGGGUUUACGAGUUAGACCGAUGUACCCAUCUUCUUUCGAACUACGAACCGGAUCUUGAUGACGGACAUCCGGGAUUUUGUGACAAGGACUACAGAGAAAGACGACAGCGGAUCGCAGAUAUUGCUUUUAAAUACAAACACGGGCAGCCAAUUCCUCGGGUGGAAUAUACAGAUGACGAGCUUCGGACCUGGGGUCUGAUAUAUCGUCAGCUGAAGGCUCUAUUUCCUACACACGCAUGCAAAGAACACAUUGACGCCUUCAACGUACUUGAAAAGGAAGGACUUUACAGUGAAACAUUUAUUCCACAACUUGAGGAUGUGUCGAACUUUUUGAAAGGUAAAACGGGUUUUCAGCUUCGGCCUGUAGCUGGACUUCUUUCAGCACGUGACUUUCUAGCUAGUCUUGCUUUCAGGGUGUUUCAAGCGACACAAUACGUGCGCCAUUCCUCAGCUCCCAUGCACACACCCGAGCCGGACUGUUGUCAUGAACUUCUUGGUCACGUGCCCAUGUUAGCUGAUCCAACAUUUGCACAGUUUUCGCAGGAGAUAGGGCUUGCUUCACUUGGCGUAUCUGAUGAAGACAUUACACGACUCGCAACACUUUACUGGUUUACCGUAGAGUUUGGACUAUGUAAGCAGAACGGUGAGACGCGGGCGUGUGGAGCUGGUUUGUUGUCAGCCUUCGGUGAACUACAGUACGCCCUCUCCGACAAACCAGAGCAUCGUCCCUUUGAACCGAACAAGACGGCCAUUCAGGAAUACCAGGACAAAAACUAUCAGCCCAUCUACUUCGUGGCAGACUCAUUUACCGAUGCACAGUCAAAGCUCAGGCUUUACGCCAUGAAGAUGCUGCGUCCUUAUAACGUCCGGUACGACCCUUAUACCCAGAGCAUCCAGGUCAUCGAUAAGGUGGACAAACUCCGCGACGCCAUACGGGAUCUCAACGGACAAAUGGUCGUACUUACCUCCGCCAUCGAGAAACUUAUGUAACAAAGUAUAUUGAUAGGUGAAGUGUCGGGACAUAUGCCUACCUGUUUCGGCGACCGCUAUGACAUCUCCUUUGUUCUGUUGGAGUUCUUGGCCACUGAAACCAAAGAUUUCACUCGAAUUUUCAGAGCGCACAAUUUUACCCUUCUGUGCGCCCCGUAACAUUAGAGUUAGUGAUUAAUUGUGAAAUUAAAUGGCCUAACAAGGCCGUCGUUGCGCGCAUUUUGCUCAGUAGAUUGAGUAGAACCAAUCAGAAUUCUAUCAAAUACGCGAUUGAUCGCCAAUCUUUGUAUUACCUGGCCAAGGUCACUUAGAUGACAUGCCAUCCCGAUGGCCUUUGUCGUUAUCUGCGUACCUUGAAAUGUGUUUACAAGGUUUAUUCAAUGCCAUUUGCAUUGGCGACGAUUUGCGUCAUUGAGAAUGUUUACAUCGAUACAAGAAAAUCGAUCUCAAAGUUAUUCAAAUUCAAACAAACAUUUAUUUUCUUCUAUUUGUACGAGAUACGAAUUGACAAUAUGACCCAUACAAAAUGUAUUUAUCACAAAAGACUGUAAAUAUAUAAAAGAUUUGUUAACAGAAGAAGGCAUAAUUCCCUAAAAGCAAAAAGCUUGUGGCAGGAUAUGCCUGUAACACAAAACAUUGCAAGUACUAAAAGGCGAGAAAGGAAGUAAGGCUAGGAAAGUGCAGGAUAAAGAAUGGCAAGCGAAGGUUAAUAAUUGUAAUCGUUAUAAUCACCAUAAAACUAAGAUAAAUGAUACCUCAAUCUCUUUUUUAUAUGUGAUGCGUCAUGUCAAAAUAAGAAAGAACUCGCUCGAUACCAAAUUGAGAAAAUAAGUAAAAUGCUAAAAAUCUUCAAAAAAUUUUUUGAAGCCAAUAACAUUUUUUUAAUGAAUGGUGAGAUGAAGUUCUAGUCAGGUGUUGCAGUGGUGCCUCCUCAAAACAAUGACAUGAUGCCAGUUAUCUUUUCUUCUCUCCUUUAUUUUUUUGUGGGGGCACAUUUUUCCUCCUCUCCAAUUUUCAUUCCCUUGUCAAAAAAUACCUUAUAACUGAGAAAAAUAUGUUCGACGAAUUUUCAUCCUUGAUCUACAAAUCGUUGUCUUUAAAUGUAAAUAUAAAUGUUAGAGAAUGAAUUUAAAAAAAAACCUUGAAAACGAAAAGAGGGUAAUUAGAUUUAAUCUCCGAACCUCUUUAUCAAUAUAUUGUGACCUUACAUUCUGGCAGGAUGAUUAUUAAGAAUUACAACAUAACAUAGGUCACCUGACAUGAAAUUUCCGUUUAUCGUUCCUUCUCGUUAUCCUGCGUCACAUGACUAAGUCAUCUAUCACGUGAUCAAAACAGGUGUCGUAUGAUUCAGCGGGUUUGACGUUAUCCUUUUAAGCAAAACUAGAAUUUCGCCUUUUAACGCAGUUUCGGAGAUUCUUUAUUACUAUUAGCGUAUGUCAUAAUUAUCAUCAGCUCCUGUUAUCAUAUUCAGUAGGACAGGAAAGUUUCACAUUAAAAAGUAAAUCAUGAAUGACAGUCUUUUUUCCAUUUUACGCAAAUGAUGAGGAUUUCAUUGGACCCAAUGCAUAAUUGUGGUUUGUGGUACGAAACCUAUACUUUCACCCUUAUUUAUGAUACGGGGAGUAAAAAAAACCCUGCAAAUAUCAAAGUCGAGCGCCAUCAUGUGUUAAAAAACAGGUAUAUUUUUUCGGUAAGCUUCCAUUUCAAGAUUUGAUUAAUAAAUACAUAAAUAUAAAUAUAUAUUUAAUAGAACUAUUUAUUUUCAGUGUACAUAAGCAAAUUAUUCAUGUUUAGAACCUAAAAAUUAAUGACAAAACAAUACGUGUUUUUAUAUAAGUGUCAAUUUAUUGUGGGGAUAAUAUAGUUGGUAUUAUAGUGCAAUAAUGUUAUUGCUGUUGGAAAAUACAUUGUGAAUCGAAAGUAUAUCUUGUUGUCAGAUAGCUCUGAUACGAUAUUCGUAUCGUGGGAAUGUGUUAAAUAAUCCACGAAUGAACGUGAAUAGAUUUAAAUCGUACCUGUUAUUACACUGUACAUUGAAUAAUGUGUUUUAUCCAGCCUUGAUCUCCAUUUGUCAAAAGAAAGUUGUAAAAAAAACCCCCAGAUAACCCGCUAUAUAUCAUUUAUUGAGCAAUAAAGUAGUAAAUGCAGAA